AUGUCCUCCUAUCCAAGCUUCGAAGAAGGUGGAAUCUGCUACAUUGCAUGUGAAGAAUUAUUCGAGUAUUACAAUAACUCACGCUUUUAUUGCUAUAGAGGGUGCGAUUUUGCCAAAGGAAGAGUGAAUGUUCCGAAACUAAGGAAAGAAGCUGAAAGUAUGUGCAAGAGAAUGACAGCUGAAGCCAUGGAAACCCAAGUCGAUCUAGAUAAAAUCAAAGAUUUGCGUGUCAGCCCAUUUUUGGACCCUGAUUGCCCUGAAAAUAUCUACAAAGCUUGCCUUUCAGGAAUUAGAAGACAACGCUGGUAA